AUGUUCUGGCGUUUCGGUGGCUAUGCCAACAUCUCCUCAAUCGACUCCAUCCUCGAGAAACCCAAUGUCUCCCUUGACGAGCUGCUCGACGAGAGCGACCUGAUCCAGGAGCUCAAGCAGAACAACUCCAAACUCAUCGAGUUCCUCAGAGAAGAAUCCACUCUCCAGACCCUGCUAGAAUACGUUGUCGCCGACAAGCCCCCGCACUCCGACAAGGCCUCAUCUACCACCAAGGAUGACGAGCCCGACAGAUCAUCUCCUAUCAGCUUCUUCAAAAAGUCAGCCUCGCGCUCGCGCUCAAAGUCUAUCAACAAAUCAGACGCUGGCGGUGAUGUUGAAGGCGACGAGGAAGAUAAGGGUGAAGUCUUGCGCAAGAAGUACGCAUAUGUCGCCUGCGAGGUCCUGUCUUCGGAUGUCUGGUCUAUAACUGAGGCCGUGCUCGAGUAUCAGAACUACCUUCGCGAAUUCUGGCACUAUGUCAGUCGCCCUGCGCCACUCGACCCUCUGCAGGCCGGCUACUUCACAAAGGUCAACGAGUCUUUGCUGGAUAAGAAGACGGAUGAGAUGCUGGCCUUUUUCAAAUCCCUAGACCACAUUGUCCCUGACAUGCUGCAACAUGUUGAUUGCCCAAUGAUUAUGGAUCUGCUGUUGAAGAUCAUCAGUCUGGAGAAAGCCCCAGGAGGCCAAGGAAUCGUUGAUUGGUUACAAACACAGGACCUCAUUCCCGUCCUUCUAUCAUACCUUGGUCCUGAGAACAGCGCUUCUACUCAGACAGCAGCCGGCGAUUUCUUGAAAGCAAUCAUCACCAUUUCUGCAAACGCGACCACUCAGGAUCAAACCGUCAUCGGCCCCAACGAACUAACCAGACAACUCGUCUCUGAUGACUGCACAACUCUUUUGAUUAAAAACAUGCUCUCAGGAGGCAACUCGUUGACAGUUGGAGUUGGAAUCAUCAUUGAGGUCAUUCGCAAGAACAACUCGGAUUAUGAUCUUGACAACCAGGUCGGCCCCGAGCCUAGAACGACCGAUCCUAUCUACCUCGGAAGUCUCCUCCGUCAAUUCGCGAAACACGUUCCCGAUUUUAUGCAUCUGAUCAGAAGCUCUGGUGCUCAGAAGCCUGGGCUCAAAACUGCUUUUGGCAAGGAGAUUCAACCUCUAGGUUUCGACAGAUUCAAAACGUGCGAGCUCAUGGCCGAGCUUUUGCACUGCAGUAACAUGGCUCUUCUCAAUGAACGUGGAAGUGACGCUCAAAUCAAGCAUAGAGACGAGGAAAGAGAAAAGCUUAAGCUGGAAGGACGCCUCACAGGACAACCCAUCGAGGGUUCUUCGUACGACGAGCACGAGCCAUUCGCAAGCAGUGUUGACAGCCAUGGAUUCCAUCAUGCACAAAGACCGGAAGACGACCUCAGCGGAUCGCCCGAAGAGAUUAAGAGACUCGAGGUGCAGAACGCGUCCGAGGAAGAUGGAUUCGAGAAAGUGGCUGUCUCAGAUGCCGACGAGUUCAAUGAGAUUGCAGCAGAUACAAGUCUACCGCCUCUAACCAAACAGGAUGACCCGUCGAGCAUUCACCACGUCCCGAAGGAAGCAUCUCAAGACGGCACAACCGUUCUCACCGAAGAAAUCAGCCAACUACAAAUUGACAGCCCUGAGCAAGAGGGUGAUGUUCCUCAACCUGAGGAAUCUGAGCUCAAUUUCUCAUCAGAUCAACCCGAGACCGCCCAAGAAGACACAGACAUGCUCUCGCACCCCGAGGACAAGCCAGCACCUUUGUUUGCUAGUCCUAGUAAGAACACUCAAUCUGUGACAAGCUCCAACGAAGAAGACCCUAGCCAUAGUACGGCUACGCUGCAACCCGACCCUCACACUACAGAAGGCGAUAACGGGCUUUGGGAGGCCGAUGUGGAUGGGACGCCUGUUGUCGGAGAUCUGCUCAAGAUUAUGUUUGUUGAGCACCAAGUUGUCCCCACAAUCCUGGACUUCUUCUUCCGCUUCCCCUGGAACAACUUCCUCCACAACGUGGUAUACGAUGUUGUACAACAAGUUUUCAAUGGCAGUUUCGAGCGCGGUUACAAUCGCACACUUGCCAUCGACCUCUUCUGCCACUCUAGUUGCGCCGAUUUGACUUCCCAGGCCGACAUCACUCAGCGCAUUCUCGAUGGACAAGCCGCUUCCGACAAUGCGCAGAAGGAGAAGGGCAUGCGUCUUGGUUACAUGGGCCACUUGACCUUGAUCGCAGAGGAGGUAUUGAAGUUGCAAGAUCGUCAGCCGCCGGAGAUCCUGGGUGAACAGAUUAUGGAACGUAUCACCCGUGACGAAUGGAUCCAAUAUCUCGAGACGACGCUCUCCGAGACCAGAGAUCGCGACAAUGCUGUUCUGGGUGGUGUGAAGCCUGACCAAGGAUUUGGUGCUCGACAAGUGGGCAUGGGCGCCAACAGCAUGCUCGGCCAGGGCAACUUCUCUGGCGGCAACAACUCGAGCGCUCUUUCUAAUGCAGGCCUGGUGCCAGCUGAUAGUUUGGCGUUGCAAGAGGCGGGAGAUGCAAGCAGCUACGACACAGGAUCCUCAGGCCUGCUCAGUGGCUUCGGUAAUGGCGACGACGAUGACGACGAUCUCGAGGCAUCGAUAACCGGAGAGAAGAGGGAGAAGGCGGUCGAUGAUGAUGAGCAGGUCGGUGAACUCUCGUUUGACGAUGUCGACAUCAACCACUUCCGAUAA